GAGGUUUAUCAUUUUCCGCGCACCAAAUCUGUGAGAGAGCGUUGUUUAGAUCGAUCGGGAAUGGUGGCGCGCUGCAUUGGUCCCUGUAGUGACAGCUAGAUCACAAGUAGCUGUGUGUAGCUCUAGAGCAGCAGUAUGAAAUUCGGGAAGCGGUUAGCUAGCCAGAUGGAGGAGACGCUACCCGAGUGGAGGGACAAGUUCCUGUCCUACAAGCAGCUCAAGAAGCGUCUCAAGCUCAUAUCGGCGCCGGAUUGCUUCACCCAGGCGGCGUUUGAAUCCGGCGGUACCAGCCCCGUUCGGGAGGAGAGCGGGACAUCUGCCGUGGAUGUUGCCGUGGACGAGCUCAAGAGAUCCGGAGGCGCUGCUGUUGCUGCCAUCAAGAGCGAAGGCCUUGAACACGCGGAGGAGCAGCCACAGCAGCAGCAGCAGCAGCAACAAGAAGAGUCCGAGUUCACAAGCUUGCUGGAAGUGGAGCUGGACAAGUUCAACACCUUCUUCAUGGAGAAGGAGGAGGAGUAUGUGAUCCGGCUACAGGAGUUGAAAGAUCGCAUCGAGAAGCUCAAGUCCAAGCCUGACGUGACGGGCCUCGAUCUGGAACAGCACGAGGAGCUCAUCCAGAUAAGGAAGGACAUUGUUACGUUCCAUGGCGAGAUGGUGCUGCUCUUUAACUACAGCUCGCUCAACUACACAGGCCUGGUGAAGAUCCUGAAAAAGUAUGACAAGCGCACGGGGAUGUCUCUCCGCUUGCCCUUCAUCCAGGGGGUGCUGCAACAGCCCUUUUUCACGACGGAGCUUCUGUCCAAGUUGGUGGAGGAGUGCGAGAGAAAUCUGCAAAGCAUCUUCCCAGCAGACGAACUCGCGGCCAUUACCAAGGCUCCCGAGCAGCCGGAGCUCACAACCGACGCCGAGGAAUGCGAUCCGGAGCAAGUGGAGGGCAUCUACAGGAGCACCAUGGCUGCGCUGCAAACCAUCAAGGACUUGCGCAAGGGAAGUUCCACCUACAGCGCCUUGUCCUUGCCACCGCUCGGCAACAGCGACUCGUGACAUAGACACAUAUAUAUCAUAUGAUACUCUCCACACCUUGUGUGUGUGUGUGUGUAUAACCAUCUUACAAUGUCGUCUAAUCUAGAGCAAGUUCUCAAAAGCCA